UCUAGUCGAAGCUCGAAUCAUUCGAAUGAAACGAAAAUUCAAGAAGCAUUUUCAUCUUCGGCUACUUCAUUGACACUGUUGAACUAAGGAAACAGUAGGUAAGCUCGAAGAAAUUGCUGAAGAUCGUGGAUGGAAUCCUAAUAUUCGCCCUCCACCUGCUGUUGGCUGACCUACGCUCAGUACAUUUCGAAAACAAUAUUAUUGUGAAACCUGAGUAUAAGAAUUCCCCACUACCGGUAUGUCUGAGCUGGACCACCAACAAGAUCUGGGAGAGUUCGCGCAAGUAACUGGCCUGGACCUUGAGCGAGCGCAGUUUUACUUGGAAGCUGCCAACUGGGACGUGCAGGUUGCUCUCAGCUCCUACUAUGAGGACAAUGACGAGGACUCUUCCAUCUCUGCCAUAGACGCGGGAGUCACGCCGGCGCGACAGUCAGCACCACCAGAGCAUCCACCCCCAGGUGCCGCCGCCUCAGGAACAGACCAACCGAAGUCUCGCUCUGGUGGUGCAGGCCGUAGUGGAAGUAACAUUGCCACCAUGGCUAGCUUUCAGGGACAGGAGUCCAGUGUGGACCCUGACCAGGGUCAGGAGUUCUUUGCAGGCGGCAGCGAGCACAGUGGACAAGUGAUUAGUGGACCUCCGAAGAAAAAGCGUGUGGAUGCGGCUGGCUUAGCGGAAAGUGUAAUGAAGUCUGCGCAAGAGCAUGGUGCUGAAACGGUUGAUAAUCAAGAGAGUAAGCAGAAGGACACAUCAUCUGCGUUUACUGGCUCUGGGUAUCGUCUAGGGGAAACACCAGAGGAGAGUCAGAUGGUCGUAAAAGCUGAGGCAGCAGCAGCCAAAGAAUCGGUGUCGGUCACGAUCACAUUUUGGAAUAAUGGAUUUUCAGUGGAUGAUGGCGACCGGCGUGAUGGCUCCACCGAGGAGGACAAGCGUUUCUUGAAGGACAUUUCAGAAGGGGUUAUCCCCGGCGAACUCAGGCGCGUUUACAAUCAGUCGGAGAUUUCUGUGACCAUGUCGAGGAAGGACUCCGACUACGUUCCGCCGAAGAAGAAGACCAAGGCGUUCACCGGGUCGGGCAACCGUCUGGGCAGUCCAACGCCUGGUGUCAUCGGUGGCGCAGCAUCAAGUACUGGCGCAACUUCUCACUCGGCAGCUGCCACAGCCAUGCCAGCAGCAGCAGCAACGGUGGCAGCAUCUGCACCCAUUGUAGAACUCGACACAGGCAAGCCAUUAACAACGUUACAGAUCCGCCUGUCCGAUGGAACAAGGCUAGUUGGUAAAUUCAACACAACGAAUACCAUCACGGCUAUCCGCAGUUUCAUCAACGCGUCCAGACCGGGGAUGGCUCACCAAGAAUAUUACCUGAUGACCUCGUUUCCCAGCAAGGAGCUGUCCGACGAGUCACUGAGUCUGGAAGCUGCUAACUUGCUUAAUGCCGUCGUCAUGCAGAGAAUGCGAUAGGGUGGUCACUGGCCUCUCCUUUCUCUCCCUCUGCUCUGUCUUCAUUCCCUUGUGCGCUUCAAGUCACCUGAACCAGUCUUGUGAGCGUCUUCAAGCCUUUCGCUGUUCAAACGUAGCAAGUAGCACUAUGUUCAGCUCAUUCUCUGUGUGGCUGUUUAUGGGGGUUGUGCGACGACAUCAUCAUGAUGUAAUCUCAUAAAGAUUCGUCAUAGUUAUAAUGUCCCUUGUAUUGAGUUUCGGAACCAAUGUAGCGUGGUGCCACUCCAUACGAAUCACCCCGGACGACGAUGUCAUUCGCAUCACCUCUAUACCGCCAGUGCACAAGUGUGAUCACAUGGCAUGUCUGUGACUGGACGCUAGCUUACCAACGACGGCAUCAUCAGCGUUGGUGGUAAUUAUGCUCUCACGACUGGGUGUUUAAUCGCGUUCUCAACGCACGUCUGGCAUUUCCAGCAAUGCAACUGCCCACGUGCAACUGUGUACAAAAGAAGAAAAAAACGCUGUCUCACUCUCACACCCACCCUUACUCUCCGACUUACUGUGUACAAAUUCCCACACAGCCACGCAAAUGCACACCGCCUGUUUGUUUAGUUGCCGUUUUAUCUCUAUUUUUAUUGCGCGUGUACCUCCGUGUGUAUACUGUGUCGGGACCAAGACCGAACGUGGUGCGCACAUGCAUUCCUCAAACUCAAAGUUUUCUUUAUCUUCUAUCCUGCUGGGUUGCAUUUCCGUUUUCCUUUUUUUGGCUUUUCCAGUACGUUGUGUUGACCCGGAUCUCACAUACGUUCUGUUACUUUGAAUGUUGCUUUGUAGCCAUACGACUCUCAAGGACAGGUCCAUUCUGUCUAUCGCUCUGUCAAAAGUGAGCAUUGAGCUCUCACAUUCCCUUUGCUGUAAAGUACUUUGAAGUAACCCA